UACUCUCGUAUUUGGCUUGUAGGCUUUACAAGCUAGCUUGUACUCUUACAAGAUCCAUCUGGAAACUGUUACAAAUAGCCUGAAAAUAUUCUGAAGAGAUGCAGUGGAUUUUGAAGUCAUCAGCAGCAAGCUCCUUUGAAAGAAAAUGGUCUCCAAAAAUCAGACCACCCUAUGAAGACCCAGAAGAUCUGGAAGAUGAUGUUACCCUGGUUUUCCGUAAGCCUAGUUGGCAGCUCAGAGCCUGCCUUGCCUCUGUGUUGAUCACCCCUGUCCUCUACCAACUCUACCUCAUUAUGGUCACCAUCAGAUACAUACUCUUCUUACAAACUUUUUCCUCUCCCCCACGUCCUGCUUGCCCUGUGGUUGACUUGAUUUGGACCGGAGUGUUUCCUUGUGAGCUGGGAUGGAGGGGGAGUGCACUGGCCGCUCUCAUUCUGUCAGCUGUGCUUAUCACCUGCUACUCACUCAUCACUGCCUGCUUGGUGAGAUGGAACCCUCGGAAACAAUGGAACACUCAGUAUUGCACAACAUCAGUUUUAGAUACUCAAGAAAAGCCGACCAAGUUCCAAGUGAGAGUUCAGAGCACUAAUAGACUGAUGUUGCCCCCCACUCUCAGUCUGUGUAUACUGUUACUGAUAUUCCGCUUACUGUUACAGUCAGGAGAUGUUGAAGCAAACCCUGGACCAACGUUUACCUCAAUUCUGACUCUCGAUGAUUUGAAUUCUGUUUAUAAGAACUUGAUAAAAGCUGCUGGUAACUGGUUCGACCUGGGACUUGAUCUGGGAUUAGGCUUUCACAUCCUCGAUAAUAUCAGUGAUAAACAUCGAGAUAAUCAAACCUGUUUACGUGACAUGAUAACUGCUCGCUUGAAGACUGGCCCUCUCACCUAUUCUGAAAUAUGUCAGAGUCUCAGAGCAUCAACAGUUGAUCGGAAUGAUGUCGCGGAGGCUAUAAAGAAAGAAUGUACCGAUUCCAAUACUUUGGUUGAGCCAUCAAGAAGUCCAAAGUUGUGUGCUAUUGAAACAUACAAAACAUACCUUAUUAGCACUUACAAUGUAAGACAGCUUCCUGCUGAUGAGCGCUGUCCUCUUGGCUGUGUGAAACAUUUUAUAAAUCUGAUGAUCGUUAAUAAUUGUGAUCGAAAUGCUCAACCCAAACUUCAAACACACCAAGUGCACGGUAAAAUUGAUCUUGUAGAUAAAGGCCAAGUUUGUAUUGAACAAAUUGCAUGUAAAAUUGGUGACUCAUUUCCCAAACUAGUUAUCAUCGAAGGAGCUCCAGGAGUCGGUAAGACCACCUUGUCAUGGGAACUGUGCAGACGGUGGAGUUUAGGAAAGAUUUGGAGAGACUACUCUCUCGUUGUAUUGCUGCAACUGCGUGAUAAGUACACUCAAGAAGCUGAUAACUUGGCAGACCUUUUUGAAUGUGGAGAUAAAGUUAGAUCCCAGAAAGUUAGUAACGAAGUAUCUCAAUCAGAAGGUGAAGGAUUGUUGUUUAUUCUGGAGGGUCUCGAUGAAUUUCCGCAAGCACUAAGUUUUACUAGUAGAAAAUACUCCGUUAUCAUGAAACUCAUACAUGGAAAACUUUUACCAGCAAGUACUGUUGUCAUAACCAGCAGGCCAUGGGCUUUAGAUUCACUUAAAAAAUGUAGCAGUCGAAUUGAUCAAAAAAUUGUGGUCCUUGGUUUUACAGAGAUACAGAUACAAGAGUACAUUGAUCAGGCAAUUAAGGAUGGAGCACCAGAUGAUUUACGAACGUAUAUUGCUGCCAACCCACACAUUAACAGUGCCAUGUACAAUCCUCUCUGUGCUCGUAUUGUUAUUCAAGUUUACAUGGAAUGCCAUACCAGAAAACAAAAUAUUUUUCCAAACACAACAACAGAACUUUAUACUGCAUACUCCAGUGUUUUGCUAAAGCGAUACCUUACUGACCACCCAGUGCAAGAAGAGUGGAAUGGUAAUCUUCAAGAGUUACCUCAAUCACUUCAACCUCAUUUCCUUCACCUCUGCCGAAUUGCACACAAAGGAUUAGCAAUACAGAACGCAAAUCAGCUUAUUUUCUAUGAGGACGACAUUCCCGAAAGCAGUACUACACUUGGUUUUAUGAACAGUGUCCACCCACUGUAUCAAUCCAUCACACAAACCGUAUCUCCUUCAUACAACUUCAUUCAUCUAACGCUGCAAGAGUUCUUGGCUGCAUUCCAUAUAUGGAGAACAUACUCUCAACCAAAACAGCUAUUUUUUAUUGAAACACAAUCUAAAUCCGAAAGCAAUAUGAUAAUCUUAUUUUUAGCUGGUCUCACACAUUUUUCUGAUCCCUGGACAAGGUGUGUUUUGCCUGCUCCACAGGUUAGAGAAGAAGACAAUGAAACGGUGAUUUACCUCGAUACAAAACACAUACUCUGGCUGUAUGAAACUCAAAAUGAACAACUAAUUACCUCUUUCGAAAAUGUUAUACUCCCUAUCGAACUAAUGCACCGACAAUUGGAUCCCUUGUAUUUCCUUGCUCUAGGCUAUUGCAUAGCAGUAGGGAACUUCAUGUUAGAAUUAAAUUACUGGUUCUCCAUUUCGAAAAAUAUGCGUUUUUUAAUGGCUGGACUCAGGAGACACAAAUCUAAUUGUUCUUCACAGAUCAAAGUUUUAAAUGUGAUAUGUGAUAUGUACCCAUUCCCUGAUAGUUGGUGCGACAUAAUAAACUAUAUUCCAGCUGCAACACAAGGAGUGCUACAAGUAUAUAAUGGCCAACACAUGCCGUUGGCAAGCAAACUAUCAAAAUUCCUAGAGAAUGUUGAGACGGUUACUAUCUCAUCGUUGCCGAUCUUAUUAGAAGUAUUGAAAUAUUCGAGAACUCUGAAGACAUUACAUUUUCAUAUUAAUGACUUAGAAAUAACUGGCAUUUUAAAUGAUACAAUUACAGAAUUCUGUUCUUCUUUAGAAUAUUUGGAAGUUACCAUAUACGUAGGCGGUGCUGACGGUGAUAUAUUAGAUAUUUAUGAAUCAGCUGAUUGCAAUACACGUCUAAACUUUGGAUUGAAUAUCAAAAGGUUCAAAGAACUAAAUCUACCUCAAUUAUUCCCUUCGAAUUUGGGUUCAAUAUUUGCAGGGGAUUUUACAGAGCAGGUAAUUAAAUGUAUCGAUCAUUUCGCUAUCUUUUUAAGUUAUUUCGGACUAUUUACUGAUGAUCCACUAGAUGGCGUACUGUGCAGAAGUUCCUUAACACUCUCGAUCUAUCAUUCUUCUCUCUCCAAGUGUCUAUUGCUGGAAAAGCUAGCAGUUGAUGUGGGCUCCGAUCUUUCUCAAAACAUCACAGCAUCUGCAGUAUGUAAACAUAAAACCCUGCAAGAGGUUAAUGUUCAGUCUAAUAACAUUAUCAAGGCACUCGAAGAAAACUCUUCAGUUAAACAACUAUAUUGUAACGUGGAGUUCACAUCAGAUGAUAUGAUAGAAAACUUCUGUGCCCUGCUACGACAAAACAGUGUUCUAGAAGAAAUAUGUAUUCAGGUGUGUGAUGGUAUUAAACUUGAAACCGCUGACAUAAACUUGUAUGGCGGACAAGAUUGUCUGCUUCCAAUACAUUCAUCAACAUUUUUGAAACAAAUAAUGGAGACUGUUUGCAGUCUGACGCUAAAGAAGUUUGUGAUUAGACUAAACAUAUAUAAACAAGUAGAUCUAAUAGCCAGCAACGAUACAAUUAUGGCUAUUUGCAAUGUACUUGAGAAUAAAAAGUAUCUUGAGCACCUGCAUUUGCCAACACUGUGUGUGGAACCAGACCAACGUUUCUUACUACCUAUCGCAAAUGCAUUGAGUAAGAAUUCGAGUCUCACAACUUUGAUAUUGGAGUUGAUACUUGAAUGUAAAUACACAUACUCUGAAUUUCAGAAGCUACUCAUCACUUCGGAAGAUACCAAAGCUGUUGGUGAUAUGUUGAAAAUAAAUAAGACUCUUUGUGUUCUCCACCUGAUGGUGCCGGAUAUUCCCGACUGGUCUCCGAUUAUCGAGGGUCUAAAACUCAAUACAACAAUUAGAGAAUUACAUAUUCCAUUAAGUGCAAGACAAAGUGCUAUAAAGUGCAUCGACUAUGACAGUGUUAGGAGUAGAAUAAAGUAUCCCACACAAUAAUG